AUGCUCCACACGGCGGACUACAUCUUCGGCAAACGGUCUCAAGCCCUCGGACCGCUGCCAUCUCCCAAUGACACCGUCUCAAUUCAGCCCUUGUUCCAGCCUUUUCUCCGGUUGCCUCCAGAGCUUCAAGAGAUGAUACUCAUGUAUGCCACCGGACUAACACGGGACUAUGAUUUGUGCCACGGUGCACUCUCCCGAACAUCUGGGUCAGCCGAACCACCCAUCAGUCUCUCCGGCAUGUUUCGGAUAUCCCCACCCAUCACCGCUACAAUGCUACCUUACAUCUUCCACCGCACAAACUUUCACUUUGGCCUCACAGGAACCACAAACUUCCUCUGGCAAUGCGGACCCGGCAACCGCCGCCACAUCCGACGUCUCGCUUUUCACUUCGGGCACAGUGCACUGCUGCAUUGCAUGAGAUGGUUAUCACCAGAUGAACUAUACGAACUUUUGGAACCCCCACAUCAAAACUACACACAACCCGGUCUACCACGAUUUUGGAGAUGCCAGUUACGAGCGCUUGUGAAGGAAGUACAUCUCCUCGAACUCACGAUUGACGUCAAGGGAAUCCCCCAAUCGGAAAUUGCAAUGAUGGUUAGAAUAGUAGUGGCAGCGUUUGGCAGUGUUGAGCGCGUCAAGAUUAUAGAAACGAGCUUGCGCGGGUCUACCAAAGUGCUUGCGAAGGAUGAUGAGAAACUCGUGGGGUUGGGAGGCGAGUCGUGGAGGGAGAUGAGUAAGGGGUAUGUGGAGAGGUAUAAGAGGCAGUGGCAUAGCUUGCAUCUCAAGAAGGGAUUAGGAGAGAUGAGCAUGGAGGAGUUGGAUGGGCUGAUGGAUAAGAACAAGGAGUUUUUUGAUAGUUGA